UGAAGAAGAAUAAGCACGAAGAAGAAGCAGAAGAACAACAAAAGUAAGCAGUUUGCUUACCGCCAAAACGCGAAAAGAAGAGAAAGAAACAUCAGCAACAAUACUGACUUUAUCACGAUGCCUCGCCGCGCACGCAAGGAAGCUGUCCAGACCAACCUGGACAGCGAGGAAGAGUUCACCCUUUCUUCGGAGGAAGAAGGAGAAUACGACGAUGAACGAUUGCAUUUUGAGGAACGAUUUGAUCCAGCCGAGGAUACAGUUUCGGACGAGAAAGUGGUGCCUUCACGUGCACCUCACACAAGGACGGCACACAAACCUACUUCAGUUUUCAGCGAGGUAGAGAUUCUUAACGAAUGCGAUGAUCAUGACCAAACACCUUCCAAAAGAAAGAAAUACCUUUCAAAGAAGGUCAAGAUUCUUUCAUGGAAAGCAGAGACUGAUGUUGACCGGGUUCCACAGGCUCUGAGAUUCCUGCCUACUCGGGAACUUGGACCGCAGUUGUCUGCUGCUGACGUGCACUCUCCCAUGAGUCUUUUCAAACUGUUUUUCACAGAGAGCGCCAUGACAAACCUGUGCCACAACACAAAUGCUCAGGCUGCCAAGUCAAUUGCGAAAGGCCGCAAGUACAAGUGGACAGAUGUCAGUGUUGAUGAGCUUUACAGCUAUAUUGGACUCAUUUUCUACAUGGCCGCAGUGAAGAUGAGCUCCAUCGCUGACUACUGGCGGCAGGACACUAUUUUCUCUGUGCCUUUUCCUGCCACAGUUAUGUCAAGGGACAGAUACCGCACCAUUUCAUGGAAUGUACACAUGAGUCACCCAGACGCAGACAAGGAAAAUGACAAAAAGAGGGGCACAGCUGAAUAUGACCAUCUUUUCAGGAUCAAACCCCUCAUGAACACUAUUCGUCUUGCGUGCAAAGCCUUCUAUCAUCCCAGAAAAAAUUUAGUUGUAAAUGAGAGAUUGGUGGCAUGCAGGGCAAAUACAGAAGUGACAAGGCAUUCAAAAACCAAAAUGACAAAGUUGGGCUUCAAGUUUUUUGUCCUUUCAGACUCAUCAAAUGGAUAUACUGUGGACUUCUCUGUCUACACGGGCAAGAAUAGCUUUCCUGCAGACCGUGGGCUUUCGUAUGAUGCUGUGAUGUCUCUCCUGGACCGUAAAGUUUUGGGAUCUGGGUACCAUUUGUACAUGGAUGAUUUCUACACAAGUCCAAAGCUCUUCACAGACCUGUUUGCUCAGAAGUUUGGUGCUUGUGGGAUUUACAGAGACCACAGGAAGGACUUCCCGAAGACUGCAGCUAAUUCACUGAGCAGAAGCUCCCCCAUGGGAUCCAUCAGGUGGAUUCGGGACGGGCCUCUCGUGUGUGUGAAGUGGAUGGACACGCACAUGGUGUCUGUUUGUUCCACCAUCCAUGCUGCCUAUACAGGAGACCGUGUGAAAAGGAAAGCCAAAGUACAAGAUAGAUGGAAGACAAAGAUUUUACUGUGUCCUGCGCCUGUGUCUGCAUACAACCACCAUAUGGGUGGUAUUGACCUGUCCGAUCAGCUGUUGCAAUUCUACACCAUACAGCACAAAGCCAUGAAGUGGUACAGAAAAAUCUUCCUACACUUCUUGGACAUUGCUGCCUCUAAUGCUUUCCUGUUGCACAAAGAGCUGCUAGGCAACAUGACUCGCAAAGAGUUCAUGAAGGAGCUUAUUGCAGAGCUCUGUAGCGCGUCACAGAAAGCAGCACCAAAACAGUUUAGCACAGACCACGUGCCGAUUCCAGCAGCUGAGCUGACUUCAGACGACAGAAGAAAUGCUACUGUCGGUCGCCGGAAUUGUAUACAUUGCAAGGAAGUGUAUGGAAAGAGGAAACAAACACCUUGGAAAUGCCAGGCUUGUGAUGCUCACUUGUGUCUUCAGGUGAAAAGAAACUGUUUCCAGGAAUGGCACAAAGGUGUGAGCUCAAAAAUGUGCCGUUGAAUGUGCCGUUUUUUUCCCCUUUCCAUUAUAGUGUGCAGCUAAAAUAAAAUGUUAGAGUCAUUUCCAUAUUGGCAGACACAUUAGGAAGCAGGUCAUCAUUAUCUUUAAUAACAGAUGUGGAAUAUAGAGACGGAUCCCCCUCCGAAGACCUGGUCACCUAGGCCAUCAGGACAAGACCACAGGAACCAAAUGACUCCUCUGCACAGCCUGACUUUGUUGCAGCCUAGAAUUAAACUGCCUGUUUUGUCCGGCCAGAGGAGAACUGUAUACUAUUUCAACACACUAUUUCCCUGUUUAAAACUGUAGAGCUGCUAUGACACAAUAUGCAUAGGCUUCCACAGCUAUUAAUUUGUGCUGAAGAAGAAUGACAGUAUCCGGCCUGUUCUAGAUCUGAGAUGGCUGAACCAUUCUUUGGUAAAAUGCCCGUUCAGGAUGAUCACUCAGAAACGGAUAAUACGUCUGAUUUAAAGACUGGUUUAUUUCAGUGGACUUGAAAGAUUCACAUUUUCAAUCCCAAAAAAAUGUUCUCACAGAAUGUUUUGGGAUUCACAUUUAAAGGAAUUUCAUACUAAUUUACUGUCCUUUUGGGCUAUCCUUAGCCCUGUGUACAUUUAUAUAGUAUGUAGAUGUGGUGCCCUCCUGAGUAUCAGUGGAUUCCAGCUUUAUUUUGGGACAAACCCUUACCCCCUAGAAAGUUUUUGAGAAGACGCUUGUUCUGUUUUUUUUUUUUUUGGUUAAUUAUGUUUGUGAGUUAUUAUCCUGGAUUGAGUAUACAAGUGUUGAGAGUUUAUGCAAUCAUUUAGGCAAACCAUCUUCACUGUCUGUUGAUGCCUGCUCAUGUGAAUGUUUCACCUUGGUUUUUCCUAAAUUUGAUGUAGUGUGAAAUCAUCUACAGUCAACUGUAACUUUCAUGUAUUCUGAACUUGACAUAAUAAAAGGUAUCAAUGGA